AAAUCACGUUAAAUUAUGAGCAUACAUUUUGAAAAACUGCGGGCACAUCCGGCAAGUUAUCGAUCUGAUCACGUCACUUCCGGCCUUCACUCCUUUCUCCGAUCCUCUAUCGACUGUGUGACCCGCGUGUUUACACACUCCCAGAUGAAGGAGUCAAUAAUGAACCAGGAGAAGCUCGCCAAACUGCAGGAGCAGGUCCGCAUAGGCGGCAAGGGGUCAGCCCGCCGGAAGAAGAAGGUCGUGCACAGAACAGCUACAGCAGAUGACAAGAAACUGCAGUUCUCCCUUAAGAAACUUGGAGUCAACAACAUCUCUGGCAUUGAGGAGGUGAAUAUGUUCACAAACCAGGGGACAGUGAUCCACUUCAAUAACCCAAAGGUUCAGGCCUCCUUGGCUGCCAACACCUUUACGAUCACAGGGCACGCUGAGAACAAGCAGCUCACAGAGAUGCUCCCAGGAAUCCUAAACCAGCUGGGAGCCGACAGUCUUACCAGCCUCAGGAGAUUAGCAGAGAACCUGCCAAAACCAGCUGGAGAGAACAAAGCCCCCAUGGUUGCUGUUGAAGAGGAGGAUGAUGAGGUUCCUGAUCUUGUUGAAAACUUUGACGAGGCUUCAAAGAACGAAGCAAACUAAUAAAGACCUGCAAACAUUUCAAGGCUCCUCUUGAAUCCCCGUACUUUGACACAGCAGCAUUUAGUCAUUGUUCAUCUCUGUUAUUGCUCUGUGGCUACAAAAAAAAUCUCUUUUUAAUUGUAACAUUGACAGUUGGGCUGAAACAAGUAAACAGACUUUUUAUGGCAACCGUUACCAACCCUUUUGUCUGAUUUGCCUCAUUCUGCAAUACAGGUGAAAUUAUUUAAUUCAGUGGAAUGUGCAAACUUUUCUCAUGCUGCCUCUCCUGCAUUGUGAUGCCUACACAUCAAAAAUGUAUUGGUAGAAUUAAUCAUGUAAUAAAGAUUACAUUUCAGUUUCUCAA